GCCAGCCAUCUGGCUGGCGCCGCGGGACAGGCGUCUGCAGCAGAGUCCAGGGUACGUUGCUGAACCUGCCUGGGCUCCUGGGCUGCGGCUCCUCCCGUCGGUCUGCCGGUCUCUACUGCAUCUGCCGGGUCCCGACCAAACUAACACGAAACUGCGCCGGAACGGCGGGCCGGACUGAGAGGCCCAGGCCCUCCUUGUAUGGGGCUUAGUCAGGAUGUCAACUUAGACCACACGGCAGACUGGCAGCCAAGCUGGUAAGGCUGGAACAGAACACCUAUUCUUGGUUUGAAUUCUGAGUGCCACCAGGACCUGGAGGGAGCUGAUAUACUGAAGGAACUAGGGGCCAGCAAGAUGGCAGACGAGGCUUUAGCUGGGCUGGAUGAAGGAGCCCUCCGAAAACUGCUGGAGGUCACCGCAGAUCUGGCAGAACGGCGGCGGAUCCGCUCAGCCAUCCGGGAGCUGCAGCGACAGGAGCUGGAACGAGAAGAGGAGGCUCUGGCGUCCAAACGUUUCCGUGCUGAGCGGCAAGACAACAAGGAGAACUGGCUACACUCUCAACAGCGAGAAGCUGAACAGCAGGCCGCCCUCGCACGAUUGGCAGGGAGACUGGAGUCCAUGAAUGAUGUCGAGGAGUUGACCACACUGCUUCGGAGUGCUGGUGAAUACGAGGAACGCAAGCUAAUCAGAGCCGCCAUCCGCCGAGUGCGAGCUCAGGAGAUUAAGGCUGCCACCUUGGCUGGGAGACUGUGCAGUAGACUUCCCAGUAGUGGCCCUCGAGAGGACAGCAGGAGGCAGGCAGCACACACAUUGGAUCCUGGUAAGGUGCCAGAGCCAGAACAGCAGGAACAGCAGACAGAAGUACUCGAGCCAACCCCAACCCCAGAGGACACCAGCCAGGAUGUGACCACAGUGACACUCCUGCUGAGGGCCCCGCCUGGGGGCAGGCCCAGCUCACCUGCUUCCCCCCACAGUUCACCCACCAGUGCCUCUCCAGAGCCUCUGCUGGAGCCUGCUGGAGCCCAGUGUCCUGCUGUGGAGGCUCCAGUCAGCUCUGAGCCACUUCCACACCCUUCAGAAGCUCCUAGCCCCGAGCCCCCCAUGUCGCCGGUACCCUCCAGCUCUCGGGGGCGGGUCAUCAGCAAGCCCCUGCCUGGCCCCACGGAGCCCUCGGAUACCUUGGACUCCACCAGCGGCUUCUCCAGCACUAAGAGAGCAGACCCAGCUGAAAUGAAACCCUGCCAACGUUCACUAUCUGUGCUCAGUCCCCGACAACCAACCCCAAAUCGAGAGCCAACCCCACUUGCAGGACCGUCCCAGUUCCGUCGAGUUGGCUCUGUGAGAGACAGAGUCCAAAAGUUCACAUCUGAUUCUCCCGUGGCUGCCAGGCUCCAGGAUGGCCCACCCCGAACAGCCCUUGCUUCACCGACCCCCACAAGGCUCACAGGCCCUUCCCUCAUCAGCACCACCCCUGCCUCCUCCUCCUCCUCCAGCAACUCCUCCUCUCCGAGUCCCAGUGACACUUCCUCCCACAAGAAGCAGAGAGAACUUGCUCAUUCCCUGGCUGAGCUUCAGAGCUGCCCUCAAGAGGAGGGCCCUGGGGGGCGGGGCUUGGCUCUCAGGUCCCUUGAAAACAGAGCAGGGGGGCCCAAGCCCUGCUCAGAAGAGCCCAGUACCCCACCGCCCGUGGCCGUUGGCACUGGGGAGCCAGGGGGCAAUAUGAAGACUACGUUUACCAUUGAGAUCAAGGAUGGCCGUGGUCAGGCCUCCACAGGCCGGGUGCUGCUGCCCACAGGCAACCAGAGAGCAGAAUUGACUUUGGGAUUGCGGGCACCCCCAACCCUUCUCAGCACCAGCAGUGGGGGCAAGAACACCAUCACCCACAUCAGCAACCCUGGGACUGUGACCCGACUGGGCAGUGUCACUCACGUCACUACCUUCAGCCAUGCCUCCCCUGGUAACCGAGGAGGCUGCAACUUUAAGAUGGAGCCAGAUCCUGCAGAGCCCCCCUCCACCACAGUGGAAGCAGCUAAUGGCGCAGAGCAGGCUCGAGUGGACAAAGGCCCAGAGGGGCGGAGUCCCCUGAGUGCAGAGGAGCUGACGGCCAUUGAGGAUGAAGGAGUCCUGGACAAGAUGCUGGACCAGACUACAAACUUUGAGGAGAGGAAGCUCAUCCGGGCUGCACUGCGUGAGCUCCGACAAAGAAAGAGAGACCAGAGGGACAAGGAACGAGAACGGAGGCUACGGGAGGCACGGGCCCGGCCGGGCGAGAGCCGAAGCAACGUGGCCACGGAGACCACCACCAGGCACAGCCAGCGGGCGGCUGAUGGCUCUGCUGUCAGCACAGUUACCAAAACCGAGCGCCUCGUCCACUCCAAUGAUGGCACUCAGACAGCCCGCACCACCACAGUGGAGUCGAGUUUCAUGAGGCGCUUGGAGAAUGGCAGCAGCAGCAGCACCACCACCACGGUCCAAACCAAGACCUUUUCCUCUUCCUCUUCCUCGUCCAAAAAGAUGGGCAGUAUCUUCGACCGAGAGGACCAGACCAGCUCACGUCCUGGCAGCCUGGCAGCCCUUGAAAAACGCCAGGCAGAGAAGAAGAAAGAGUUAAUGAAAGCACAGAGUCUGCCCAAGACUUCAGCAUCCCAAGCACGCAAGGCCAUGAUUGAGAAGCUAGAGAAAGAAGGCUCUGCAGGUGGUCCUGGCACACCCCGUACAGCUGUACAGCGUUCUACCAGCUUCGGAGUCCCCAACGCCAAUAGCAUCAAGCAGAUGUUGCUGGACUGGUGCCGAGCCAAGACCCGCGGCUACGAGCACGUGGACAUCCAGAACUUCUCCUCCAGCUGGAGUGAUGGGAUGGCCUUCUGUGCCCUGGUGCACAAUUUCUUCCCUGAGGCUUUUGACUAUGGGCAGCUGAGCCCACAAAACCGACGCCAGAACUUUGAAAUGGCCUUCUCAUCCGCUGAGACCCAUGCGGACUGCCCGCAGCUCCUGGAUACAGAGGACAUGGUGCGGCUUCGAGAGCCAGACUGGAAGUGCGUGUACACGUACAUCCAGGAGUUCUACCGCUGUCUGGUCCAGAAGGGGCUGGUAAAAACCAAAAAGUCCUAACCCCUGCUUGGGGCCCCACGGAUGCUGGUGGACUGUGUACCCUUGGUGGAGGUGGAGGACAUGAUGAUCAUGGGCAAAAAGCCCGACCCCAAGUGCGUCUUCACCUAUGUGCAAUCGCUGUAUAACCACCUGCGGCGCCAUGAGCUGCGCUUGCGCGGCAAGAAUGUCUAGCCAUUCUGCUCACACCGCCUGCGCCGCGGGCUGCUGUCCCCACGCCCCCAGCAACGGCCCCUCCCAGUGUGCCUGCCCACCGCUGCCCCGUCUGUCAAAACACCUCUUCUCCCUUGUACACACGCAGCGUUUUGAUAAAUUAUUGGUUUUCAACGA